GGUCUGUGUCAAUAUCGUUGAGUACGUUCAAGAGUUUCAACAUCAUGGAGAGUUGGUGGAGAAGUAUGAAAUACCUUAUUCUCAUAAUGAGAAUAAUCAGGCUCUUGCUGAAUUGGCAGAAUUAUUAUCAAAAGUUAAUAAAAUUAUAGUUCAAGAUAAUAAAAAGAUUAUCUGUAAAGAAUAUAAUGCUAUUUUCAAUAAAUUGACAAGUGAACAAUUAGAUGAACACCUAAAAACUCAUACGUUACUUCUGGUUUUAAGAUCUAUACAAUCAUGUAGUACAUCAGCAUUCCUUAGUGUGCCAGCCAGUAGUGUAAAUGAUAUGUUUGAUAAAAAGGAGCAUGGUCGUGCUUUGAGAAUAUUUUACAGUGGUCUAUUGCUAGGGUUCAUGAUUGGAUCG